GGUUUUCUUUGAAACCAUUAGAGACCGAAAGCAGGCAAAAAAAGUCUAAUUGAAAACAGGAAAACUGUAUUAAAUUAUUCGCAUUUUUCCCUAUUAAAAGGUCAAAUACUCUCAACUAAAGUAGUUAUGAGAUUUUUUCUAAAUAAAAUGAGAGAUUAUGAUCCAUCAGAUAGAACUUCUCUUAUGUUGGAUAAAAACUAUUGGAAAUCGCAGAUUAUAAGCCAUUUUAAAGAAAUUAUUGAACAAAUGCCUCCUAUUUUUGACAAUUGCAAGGGAGGAAUCUAUACAGGUUGCGCAGGAGUUGCUUAUAUGUUUUAUUAUUUAUCAGAAAGGGAGACCUUCUCCGAAAUUCGGCAAGAAUUAUUAACAAGGGCAAGAAAUUAUGCAGAAGUUGCGUUAAGUUACUCUUUAGGAAAGGGUCGCGAUCCUGACCAUGCUUCAUCUUUUAUGUUAGACAACGGUGGUGUUUACGUAACUUCAGCUUUAGUAUUGGAAAGUUGCGAAGAGCCCGAGUCGAGAGAAAAAUUAGUGAAAAAAUAUAGCGCUCUUUCGCAAUUAGUUAUGCCACAAAUGUUCUUACACACUGGAUCAGAUGAAUUAUUCUUCGGUAGAGCAGGAUACUUGUGUGGUGCUUUGUUAUUAAAUAGAAAAUUACCAAAUUCAGUUCCUGGAAAAAUUUUAGACGAUGUCUGUAACAUGAUUAUUCAAUCAGGAACGUAUUACGCCACAAAACAUAAGUCACCCUGUCCUCUUAUGUUUGCAUUUCAUGGCAAGGAAUACUUAGGUGCCUCCCACGGUUUGAGUUCAAUUCUAUUCAUGCUUAUGAGCUGUGGAAAAUGGUUUAGUGAGAAUCCUUCAAAACAAAGAAUAAUUAAGGAAUGUGUAGACUUCUUACUUUCUAAUAUGCAGCCUAACGGAAAUAUUUUACCCCUCUGCCAAGAGUCUAAUGAUAAUCAACUUGACGGUGAGCUCAUUCAUUGGUGUCACGGAACACCAGGCAUUAUAUACCUCUUUGCAAAAUCGUGGUAUACCUGGAAAGAUGAAAGAUACUUAAGAGCGUGUAUAAUCAUAGGAGAAUUAGCUUGGCGCUAUGGUCUCCUGAGAAAAGGGCCCGGAUUAUGUCAUGGAAUAGCUGGAUCUGGAUAUGUGUUUUUAUUAUUAUUUAAACUUACUAACGAUGAGAAAUAUUUAUAUAGGGCUUUAAAGUUUGCUGAAUUUAUCGAGUCUGAUGAAUCUCGAGAAACAUUUUCUCGUCCUGAUAAUCCUUACAGUUUAUUUGAAGGUUUAGCUGGAACUGUAUGUUAUCUUGCCGACCUCAUAGAACCUGCUACGGCUGAAUUUCCCUUUUUCAAAAUUUAG